AUGCAGGAUAGAAUGAGGCGACAGGGACAAUAUGGUGACGCAGACAUCAAUUCCAUGGUUGCUGCCCAGUUGCAUCACUACCAGGCACAGCAAAGGGUGCAGCAACACCCUGAGAACAGCUAUACUGGAAGAGAUGCUGCACAAGCUUCUGGGGAGCACCGGUACACUCCCCCGAAGGUGAGGCAGAGUCAAUGGGAUCGAGGUGGACCAAACAUGCCAAGCCAGGUUCCAUCAUAUGCAUAUAAGGAAGGUCAAAAUUCUGCGGGUGCACAGUCCUUUUACGAUGGACAGAGAUCUGAUGCAAAGGUAGGUCUAGAAAAGCAGCCCAGCAAGGAAACUAGGGACCAGCCUCGUACAGAUAGGACUGAAACAAGAUACGAGGAUUAUAAUCUUCCUCGGACAUUUGAAGGUCUAGAGCAAAGUUUUCAUGAGGACAUUAUGAUGCUAUCCAAGGAACUACAGGAUGCAGAGGAUGCUGAAAAUUCUAGACACAUGGAGAGAUUGAAGGAGAUAAAUACGCAGUACCAGGAGAAACUAUUAGCACUUCGGGCUCGGCAAGCAAACUAUAGAGAUGAAUUUCUGCGUAAAGAAUCUUUGGCACGCCAGCAGCAAUACCAGCAGGCCAACAUGAGCCAUUAUGCCAAUAAUUCCAUGGCUGGGGAGCAGCAUGGUUAUCACCCAACAGCUUUGCCUGGCGAGCAGCAUGGUUAUCAUCCAACAGCAGCUGCUGCAGCUGGAGGUGCUUAUGAAGAAGCACAUCGGGGUUAUGCUUCUGGCCAUGGCCAGUAUGAAUCCUUCACUGAUAGACCAGAUUACCCAGAGUUCCAUGGUGGCGGCAGAGGUCGGGGUCGUGGUUUUGAACACCGUAGCCAAUACCCUGGUGGUCGUGCUUACAGUUCUGGUGGCCGGAGAUUUUAGGUGUUUAUUAGUUGCACAGUCCGUCAUGUUGAGCUCAUCACGGCUUAUCUCAGUGCGCUGUGAUGUACUCGAUGCUUAAGAAGCUUUUGUUGCAAUCUCCUGGAAACCUAAACGCUGUUAGAACCUGUUCUACAGUCCAUGUCACUGAUAUGUUAGCACUGAGCUACUUUUACGGUUUUGCCAGAGUUUCUUCUGGUUGUAAUUUGUAGAGGAACCAGAGAAUACAGAUGUUAUUGUUUCUCUGCUAUCCAUUCAUGUUAUAUGUUCUCUGAAGCAAUAAAAGUACAUGUUUAUUGAAAUCAAAAUAAAUAAAA